GCACAACACAAUGAAAUGAAAAUUAAGUGUCGUUCGCGCUGGCGAUGACGGACGAAUUGUACGCAAAUACAUAACAAGUAGAUUAUUUCCGCGUAGCAUUGAGUAUCUUUAUUCGUAUACGGAAAAGAAAUUGAACGAUUUCGAAUGUCUAGGAAAAGUAAACCGCAAUCCUAUUGCAUCUCCUAAUUUACAUAUGUUACUUCCUCGCCUUUUCAUUUUUAGCAAAAUGGCUUUGAGUCAAUUUAUCUCGGGAACCAUCGGCCGGAAAUAAAAGACGUUUCCUGGCCUCUCGGUCGAGUCAGCGAAACCGGCGCCGACGAUUCGAAGCCGACACCGAUUUCCAGCGUGCGACACACUCGACGCCGAGACGAGGAUCUCGUCGCAGCUAGGCGGGCUAUCUUAUCAUCAGGCAGGCGGACCUCCGACCCCUGCGCAAACACAGAAAGCAUCGGGAGACCUUUAACAUCCGAUCCUCUCCCUCGUCGUUCCCUCGACCAUUCGUCGGUCGGCCAGCAACGGAAAUACUUAUUUAGUCGCACGCAGUGAACGCCGCGCGCUCUCACUCUCCACCUCCAUCUUCGUCUCCAAUCAAGCCGCCGAUCCGCACCCCGGUUUAUCGCCCGGGUGGUUAUUGCCGGGUAUUUUCACCGUGGGAGAAAGAGCCCAGCCGCCGCGGCGACGCCAGAUCUCCGUGGAUACGUCCCAGUGCUUAGACUUAAGAUCUCACCGAGCGGAAGUGGAGAGCGCGGAAAGAGAGAUUGAGGAGAGUACAGUGAUCGGUGCGAGGGACCGUUUAUCGCGAAAGUUCCUCCUUCCGCUGGUGACCCUUUGGCACCGGCAGAUUCCCGUCGAAGCGAGGCGCGUUUCGACGGAGCAGCGUCGAGGGAUGAAGACCGCGUGAUAACAGCGAUCUCGGAGGGUCCCGCAAGUUCCGGAAGCGACGAGGGUUGCCGUCCUCCCGGAAACCAUGACCGCCAAGGCGAUACUGCUUCUUACGCUCGCGUACGCGGUGACUGCCGGGCUAGCAGAGACUGCCAAGGAUCCAAUACAGUGUGGCCGGACAAAAUGCAAGGUUCCGUCGGAGAGAAAGUUCAAGUAUCACGAGGAUGUCCACUACGUGUACGCGUAUUCCGUGGACGUCAGCACGAAUCUGGGCUACCAGCAGCUGUCGUCCCGGCACUCUCAAGACUCGGCCCUGCACGUCGACGCCACCCUGGCCGUGCACUUCGACAGCCCCUGCGAGGGCAGCCUGAGGAUCUUGAACGCCAGCAUCAGCCACGACCGCGGCGCGUACAACCCCGAGUUCCCGGAUCGCGCCGGCUCCGAGUUCAAGGCCAGCCUCGAGCGCUACGCGCUCAAGUUCACCUUCGACGACGGGCUGAUCCACGAGCUGUGCCCGGACCGGCGCGAGCCGGUCUGGGCGCUCAACCUCAAGCGGGGCGUCCUAUCGAUGCUGCAGAACGGCAUGCGCCGCUUCGACGUGGACCACCGCGGCGACGAGGUGGACGUUCACGGCGCCUGCGACACCCACUAUCGCCUGUACGAGGCAAAAAAGACCAGCCUGAUCGUGAAGAAGACCAAGUAUCUGGCCGACUGUCAGAACGGCCCCAAAUACUUCUCCGUUGUGCAGUCGAAUCCCUACAGGAGUCCGCGGAAGCAGCACCGCCAGAGCGUGCUGUUUAAGUCGCACUACGACUGCGAGAUCACGAUCGAUCACAACGUCUACGAGAGAGUGGUCUGCGACGAGAUGCGAAUGCUGCAGCCGCUCUCGAACGGCGACAAGGCUGGCGCCCAAGCCGAGUCCCGAACGGUUCUUCAGCUGAUUCAGGAAACGACCAGCCCUGUCCAGAGAUUCGAGGAGGACGAGGAGGACAACGACGACGAGGGCAGGGACGAAGAUAAUUUCGUGGGGCAGCCACCUCGUGUUAAAAGGACCACGUUGCUGUACGACCACUCCAAGACGCUCAAGACCAUGCACGGUGAGCUACGGACCUCCAGAGACUUGCUGAAGAGCAUGUGCAGGCUUGGUAACGCCGACGAGUUGCAGCAGAGGUUCUCCGAGAUAUUCACCAACUUCGUUCACUCGGCUCGCUUCCUGGAUUAUCCCUCGUUGUCGCAGCUGUUCAGCAGAGCUAACAGCAUUUGCAGAAACGGGAGGAAACACAUUAUCGCAGCACUGCCGUAUUUGAAUAGCAACGCCGCAGUGAAUGUAAUGAAUGAUCUGAUAAUCAAGAAGUAUGUCAAUCAGAUAACCAUUAACGACUGGAUCGUCACUUUCGCUCUGUUUCCACAACCGGAUCGCGACACUAUCAAAGCUCUUAGGAAGCUGCUGGAUUACCAGCAUCAAAUCCCACACGUGCAGUUCAUUCUCAGCUACUCCACCAUCAUUCAUACGUAUUGCAAAAACAACGACGAUUGCAUUGACCUGGAAGAGGUGAACAUGCUCCUGUCGCAUCUCCAGGAGAAAAUUUCGCAAGGCUGCGAGCCCCGUUUUCAUUCCUCGUCGAAAGAAACGCUGGAGGCUUUGAAAGCGAUCGGCAACAUGGGACUCGAAACGAAAAACUUGCGAAGGGAACUGAAGAAAUGCAUAGACGACACCGGUGGAUUUGUGCCAAUGGACGUUCGCGUCGCCGCCGUCGAUGCUCACCGCAGGCUGCCGUCCUGCGAGGAGACUCGGGACGAAUUCUUCCUCGACUAUUACCGCAACACAACGUUAGACACGGAGAUCCGUAUUGCUUCCUACUUACAGGUGAUGCGUUGUCCCGAUUACAACGUUAUCAAGACUAUCAAGCACACUCUCAAAGUAGAAGAGGUCAACCAAGUCGGUUCUUUCGUAUGGAGCCACUUGACGAAUCUGUACAACUCUGCCUCGCCUACCAGAGUCGAGAUCCAGAGUCUGCUGACGGAUCAGGACAUUGGCAACAAGUUCAACAGUGAUAUUAGAAAGUUCUCGCGCAACUACGAGAACUCGUUCUUCUCCGAAGAAUAUAACGUCGGCGUGAAUUAUCAGACGAACCUGAUCUUCUCACCGAAAUCGUAUGUGCCGCGAUCGCUCACCUUCAACGUGACCACCGAUCUCCUCGGGCAGUCUGUGAAUCUGUUCGAGAUCACAGCGCGAAUGGAGGGCCUCGAGUACUACGCGGAGAAUCUCUUCGGCCCGGAUGGCAUCUACAGCAACGAACAAAUUUCGAACCAUCUCCGGAAUUUCCUCAGACGUUUCAGAUCGGCAUCGGAGAAUGAGAAUUAUUGGGACGGCGUGAAACGACUGCCUAAUAUUAUCGACAAUAAUUUCGAUCACCCGAAAAUAAGUCUUGGUUACAAGAUAUUCGGGAACGAGUUAAUGUUCACGAUUCUGGACGGCGACGAGCAAGUGAGGACUGCACUGGCGAAUAUAAAUCCCUGGCUGAAGAUAAAAGAGUUCCUGGCUAUGCAGGAGAUCCUCUACGAGAAGACUGGCAUGUUCUUGGAUUCUUCUUACGUGCUACCGACGGGGUCCGGUCUGCCAAUUCGUUUGGCUCUCGCCGGCUCCGCAGCUUGCUAUUUCAAGAUCUCAAAAAUGCUCGACGACGCUCGACUACCCGACAAGGAGUUUCAACUCACUGCCAAUAUCGCUUCCAGUAUGAGUAUCGACAUGAUGAGCACAAUGACGGUGGACGCAUUUUACAAAUCCGCCGGGCUCAAGCUGCGAUCGAACCUUUACUCCUCCGGAACUAUGCAGCUUCAUCUGAAUGUGAACAAUACCCAUUUAGUGCACUUGAGUUUGGGCCUGCCGAACCGUAAGAUCGAGAUGUUUUCAUUGGUUUCGGAUGUCACUCUCAUCAAAAGCAACGGUGGCGAUGUGCAGGAGAAAUCGUUAGGUGUCCUGGUAGCCGAUCAAAAUCAGAAGAACUCGCGACACCUCGCAACUGUGCCCAGGAAUAUCGUUAGCAACACCACGUGCAGCUGGGCCGCCUUGGAUAGACUGAUAGGCUUAAAAAUGUGCAUCGAUUAUCAAUUUACAAACGUGACUAAGGAUCACAACGCGCCCUAUUUCAUCUUGAACGGUCUCACACUGUUCAAAGUCUCCUUGAUCAAAGCUGAUCCAACCGCGAAAAAUUACGUAUUGGAGUAUAGUUGGAAUAAGACCCAGGAAUACAACACGUUUAAGUUGAUGUUUGACACGCCUGGCUCGCAGGUGAACAGGGAGAUAAGCGCUGUUGUCAGUUUUGACAUAGUAAAUAAUAACGUUAGUGCUCUAUUCCAUUCAGCUGGAAAUUCUUUGAUUGCCAAAGGCACAUAUAAAAGUUCCGAAGAUGAGACUUUUAUAGACGUCGGUUUUGAUAUUAAUGGCACAAAGCACUUGGAUGCCAGCUUGGGUUACUCGAGGAAGAAGUUCAACCACGGUUAUACCUAUCAACCUGUGGCCCAUUUGAUUAUCAAUAGCGAACGCGUUGCUGCCUUUUCAGGUACCGUUAGAAACGCGCAGAAGAACAAUGUCUCCCAGUUCGAUAUAAACCUGACCUUCCAAACAAAGCGAGUCUGGAGCAAUUUGGUCGGCUACAUUGUCAAGCGGAAUAUCAGUCUGGCGGGCGACUUUCAGCUUGAGUAUCAGUUGCAACGUAUGCCGAGGAGGGAGACCCUCCACUUGGAGGUGUCGCUGUCCAAUCGCUCGUCGAAGACCCUAACGCACAAGGCCGCCGAAAUGAAGUUGCACUCCACCGCCUAUCCGCAGCUCAACACUAUAAUAAGCGCCUGGUACCAGCAAGCUCUCGGCCACUUGGAGCUCCACGUCGAGGUAAACUCCAAUCCGCAGCUGAAGGAUGACCGGCACAAGCUCACGGCGCAACUCAUCAUCUCCUACUCGAAGAUGUACUUUCAAAAUCAAGGCUCAAAAGUGACCGCGUUGAUAGCCAUCACUAAACCUAUUCAGAAUUUGGACCUCAAGGUGGGUGUCAAUCACCACGUUCUUGGGGCCGAGUCGAAGACUAGCUUACUCAUAGGGUACGCGCCAGGCAAGGAGAUCAGUCUGAUCGUCAACAUCAUCAUGCCGCGCGGUUUGUUAUUCUCUAUGGAAGGUCACACGAAUUUGACAAUCCCGAACUUCAACUCGAUGCUUAUCGACGCGCGCAUCAACGAGCGUUCGCGAAACGAGUAUGACCUGGAGUUCUCCGGAACGUGGUUUAGCGGUCACAACAUGACUGCGCGCGGCGCUUAUUCCGACCGAUCAUUGGCCGUCAUCGUUAAUCAUCACUUGAAGAUGAUCGUAAAGUCGCCGAGUUUUGUCAGUCCGAUUCUGCUCAAUUGUCAAUUGUAUCAGAAUCACAGCGACUUUAAAAUCAGCCUGUACGCCGAGCAGAUGGACUACGAUAAGUACGCCUUCAUACUGAACCACACAGUGCUAUCGUCGACCAGUCUAAUGUCUUACGUGGAAGCGAGGUAUCGCAGCAACGUGUACUCGGUGAUGACGAACAUCGACACCACGCGGGAGAUUCGCGUGGAGCUACACUUGGACAAGUGGCGGGACGUGCAUCUGACCCUGAACGGUAUCAACAAGGAGGACCGGCAAGAGUUUGCUGCGGAAAUCAAGUGGGACGCUAACAGAGAUCCCGCCUUAAAGCUGGGCACAAUGUUGCAGUUGAACCGGGUGUAUGUGAUAGACGAAACUUCUCCUGGGAUUAAACGAAGCGCGAUAGUAAUGUUGACCUAUCCGGGCCGACUAGUAACCGGCUCCUGCGACUUGGUCGUACGUAGUCCGCACAGUUACCUGGUGGAUAUUAUUCUGGACUGGGGUCCGGACAGCGCGAUCAAGGCGUCAAUCGGUACGGACUAUGUUGUGCAUCCGGAAAUAAUUACUGUCAAGCUAGAAUCGCAACUGCUGACGCCUUUUGAAAACUGGAAGAAGACCGCCUUGCACGCCAAAUAUUUGCAACUGCCAGACAAAAUCCUAGCCAGCAGCAGCGCUCAGUGGAAGGACACUCAGCGUGUGAUGGCGGAGUUCUACGCUAGCGCGAGCGAACACAAGGAUCGGAAGGAGUGGACAGCGAACUGCGGCUUGAUCAGCACUGUCCACGUCAAUUCAUGGGUGACUGUGAAUAUCACUCACAAAAUACUACGCUCGGAAACGAUGGACACGCACAUGUUAAUCAAGUACAACCCCGACAAGACAAUCGAUGCGCGCAGCGUCUGGCAUCUGGACAAGCAAUCGGAUGACGUGUUCAACCUGACCGGCAAUCUGCAUUUGCUUUCACCUCUGAUAAAUUACCGGAAGAGCGAGCUCAAGUGUCAGCUGCGCCUCAUGAACAACUGGAGGUUCUUUGGCGCGGCCAAUCUUGACCUGGAUAAACGCAAGUACACCGGUCAACUGAUCGGCGACCUCGUACGCUGGAAGGAGUCCAAGGUGGAGUUUAACGUUACCACGCCGCUGGAGAAGUUCGCCUUUGUCCGUGGCAGAUUUGGUCUUUCGGAGAGCAACCAUCACGUGGUGGCGGAAAUUGUCAUACCGAGUGGUCCUAUGGGCGUUGAGGCGCUGUGCCAAAUCUUUACCGCCGCGUAUGAUAUUAACGUCAAGCUCUUGCUGGCGACGCCCAUGGAGAUGUUUCAGAAAGCGUUGCUGGUGGCCAAGCUGAAUAAACGCGAGGCCGACUUCAGACUUGGCUUUAACAACAUCACAGCCGGUUUCCUCGGCACUUGGCACUACAACAACAUCACCGAUUUCGAUUACAGUUACAUAGUGUUCACACCUCUCGAGGGUCUGCAAGAGUGCGGUGUGAUUACAAAGUUGAUCGUAAUGUAUGUACCAAACCAGAUAACAUAUCUAACAGAGCCCGAGCGAUUCAUGGAAGUAGACACAGAAUUCUCGGUGAGGCUGGCAGAUACCAAACUCGGCAUCAAGGCUAAGAGUGGACCGAAACCACCGCCCGUUAAAAUUCCGAAACCGAGGAUUAUAAAAUCUUCUGAAUCGACAGAAGAAGAGGAGGAAGAGGAGGAAGAGGAGGAAGAGGAGGACGAGGAAGAUGAGAAUGGUCUCUAUUGGCACGGGGAAUUGCAGGUAUGGCUUGCGUUAAUCCCAGAUAUAUUGGCUGAACUGGAUAUCGAUACUGAAGACUAUAAGAGCUUUAAAGUACUAGGAGCAAUGCAAUUGCCACCACAUCAAAUUGUCAUAGACGACAGCUUUAUCAUAGAAGAUGUUUUUUAUAUAAAGAAUGAUCUACGUAUCGAUCUGACGUUCAGCAAAAUUAGAGAAAUAACAUCGUCCUACGCGUUUAUCGUCGAUAUGGAGAAUCUCUCCUACCUCUUGGAUAUGAACUUGAACAUCAGAAAACACCCUAACACGUGGCUCGAGACUGGAUUUCACGGCAAUUACACGGUUCAAGCCAGUAAGAAUCGAAAGGCGCAUUUGGUUAAGUUCAACAUAAAGACACCUUUAGGAUUUCUUCAAUCUUUCGAUACUAACGCAAUCGUAGAGAUCGAAGGCAAUCUAUACAAGGGUACGCUUAUGAUUCAUGGAGACAAAUUGAUCUUGAAUGUACUUGGAAGUGUAAAACUAGGGGAGGCUUUGCUGGAUAUGAUGGUUUCGGGUGCGAUCGAUUCGCCCGUUCUAAAAAUACCGCAAACUACAAUUGCCGCAAGAAAGGAUUUCACCGGAGAUAGGAGGGAAGUUAAGUUCAAUGCAAAGAUGGAAGCGCCAGUAUCAAAAUACGUGUCUUUUGAGUCCGCCUGGCAAGUAGACGAUCAUCUCGUAAAAGCUUCUGCGAAGCUGGAGAGCUGGAUAAGAGCUUUAAGAUCAUUGGAGACUGACGUCGUCUACAGCAAUGCGAUUCGCGUAAAUAAUACCGCCACAUUAAACGUACAAGUAACGCAUCUCGGCGAUCGAAAGUAUCAGCUGAUUGGAAACUUAAACAACGGCAAGAUCGACGCUGAUCUGCAUACGCCGCUAUCGGAGAGACCUCAUUUCCAGUUUCACGGUGACUUGAGACAGAUCAACGAAUCGUUGUACGACAUCAGGGGAGAGCUGAAGGACGAACUGCAAGCGAAAUCUUACGACGUUAGUUCUAUCGUCUUCAUGCAGAAUGAUGAUGUUUCAAUGGAUGUGAAGGCCGAGCCGAAGACCGUGAAUACCAAUCGCCUCGUUUUGAGAUUGAAGAGAAAGAAAUUCGGUCUCCUACUGGAUGUUGAUGGCGGAUCAUUCAAUGGUACCCUCGACGCCAACGUGCUCAACAAUCUGAAUUGGGACGUGAGAGCCCGCGCGGAUAUCCAAGAGGCUAAUGAAGCGAAUACCUAUCAGCUGAGUACCUUUAUGAGCGUGCAAGUGAACGGCAAUACCACUUUAUAUAUUCACGCCGAGACACCUUGGAAUGACAGCAGGAUCCUGACGGUGAAAGGUAACAUGAUGGUGACCAACACGAGCGGUGACGUCCGGCUGGACCAUCGACUGAACGACGAUCGGUGUUACGCGACCACAAGGUGGAAGUUGAACUACAUGGAGGACAUGUCCGUUAAAUUAAUCACAGGAUACGAUACCACGGACCUGGGCAAGAAGGAGCUGUCCACUCACGUGUUCUUCAAGAACCCCGGCCGAUUGAACAGGAACCUCGACAUGGGCUUCAAUUUCGAUAUCGAUCGCAAGGCGUGGGAGUUUGAAACGACCGCGAACAUUGGUUUCCGCAGUCAGCAGAAUAUUGACGCGGUAUUUGCUGUAAAGCUGCCACCCCCGAACAAAGACGAUCAUUGUUUUCUAAUCAGCUAUCACACUAGCAAGGAUAUGAAGGAUAUCUCUUACGUGGUGGGCUACAACGCAGUUGAGGCGAAGAGUAAUUAUGCUUCGGACGGAUCGAUUCGAAUGGCUACGCGCGACAUUAACGGACACUUCCGGCUAACUUGGGGAUUGUUGCCCAUACAAUCACUCAAUAAUCUCUUUAACAUUACGUUUGACAAGAAGGCAGUCGAGCUCAAAUAUUCUCUGUAUACGCCUAUAUUCUUAGAAGAGGAAACGCUUGUGCUCCUCUUCAAUUAUGACGUUGCUUCCAAUGAGAGCAAUUUGAUCACCGCCGAGCUUUUUUAUCCUUCGAGACGGCAGAUUGGAACUGCGAGAAUAUCUUACGAAAACCUGAUGAAUGUUAAUGGAACCAUUAACGCUACGACAUCUAUGCAGAAUUUGUUAUACGUUGGCUGUAAUUUUGUUGUACUUACUACUCUGAAACAGAAUAAAAGAUUCGUCGAGGUCUUCUGGCCCAACCAUACGGCUUUGUUGAAUUCCGAUUACAAUUACCAUAGCGAGCGAUUGGAUUCGAAUCUGGAGGGUAUUUUGCACAUAGAAGUCCCUCUGAAUGCUCGUCACAUCGGUAUCCUGAACUACGGCUACAAGAAACGUCUGCAAGUCAACACUGGCCACUCGACUUUGACGUAUAACAAUCAGAAGGUGCUGCACGCUCAAUAUAAUUCAAAGAGCGAGUCUCGGGCCGGUUUCGACAAGGAUCGCAUUCAGAUCACGGUGGAAAACAUAUACAAGCCUAUAGGCGUUGUCUACGUGAAUCAGUAUGAGUACAGUGGUGGAAACGAGGGUACCAACUAUCCCACUGUCGAAUUCAAACAGGUCAACAUCUACCGACUGGACAAUAGCUCGGCAUUUAACAUCGCCGGCGAGUCCAGAGUCCGAACUACCCACACCGGCCAGAACAUUCAUCUGAAGGCGAUGCACUUAAAUAAGACGAUCCAGCUGAAGACAGACUAUCAGGUUCUGCCCGGCGAGUUUGAUCAGAACACCUGGCUGAGCUUGGCUGAGAACGCCUGGGUAUCCUAUCACGUGAAUAUCCUGAACAAGACUACCGAAGAUGUGGACAAUCAGUUCCUUAUCCUCAGUUUGUCGUACCCACAACGGAACUUCACCCUGGGCGGUUCCUACAGAAUCACCAGCAACGAGGUGAACUCCGAAGCUAAUUUAAGCUGGGAACGUGACAACGCGAAAUCGAGGAGCGUUGGUGCGGCUUUCGAUUGGAUGAACAUCACCGACACGUCGAUGGAGAGUCAACAGCAAGCCGUGCUAAGUUUUCAUCAUCCAACCUUCGAGAAGAACGUCACGUUGAAGGGCGUAUUAAUGAAAGAAGACUACAGGGAUUUGCUGAAUGUCGCUUUCACCGCGAAUUAUUCCACAAACGAGGACAAAUUAUUGUCGUUGUCCGCGCUUUUGAGGGACGAAAGCGACGAAUUGAACAAAAAGUAUCUCUACAAGAUAGCCGGCAAACACAUCAACACUAAAUUGGAUCUCAACGUCGAAGGAUUCGUUCAUAGACAAGAAUACAUGCUGCUCGAAACGGUGAACCACGCUCGAUACACGCGCAGUUACAUGCCGGGUGAAAGUGGGGAAUUGAUCGGUCGGAUCGACCGGAGAUCGAGGGAAAUAAUCUUCCGACGAGUGAACAACGACGCGGUCAAAUACUUUGCGAUCGGCUACUACCCUUCGCCUUCUCGAUACAUUGUAAAUGGCAGCGCUAUUAACACACCAGAACUUAACGCCACCGGCAUUUUCUUCUUGGACCCGACUGAGAAGCUCACGUCGAUGAUGGUGAAUUACACACCCGAUGCGACAGUGAGCUUGAGAAUGCACGGCAACAUUCCGGACGCUCGGAACGCUAUAUUCAAUAUUUGGAGAACCUUCGACGAUGACUUAAUAAUCUCCGACGUUUCUUUCUACCUGAAGCUAAACCACUCGAGGCUCGUUACUUCAACCUUGCGAUGGCGGCCCGAACUUAAGAGCGAUAUUAUUACCACUGUAAAAACAACUUACAACGAAAUGUGCGAAAGUGUGGACAGUGACAUUGAUUAUUGGAAACAUCAUAUAAAGAACGAAGUAAAAGAUACCAUUAUGGAUGUGUGGGAGGACGCACAGAAUGACAUUUCAGGAUUCCUUGACGAUUGGAACGAUUUGAAAAUUCUCGAGCGCGACUUUAACGAUCUCAAACUAUAUCUGAACGAUUCUUAUAACGCGAAUGACUUUUACAUCAAAGAUAUCGUCGGUUUCGGUAUAUAUGUCAUUGACGAAUUAUCUCUGCGAAGUCACAUUGAAUCCCUCCCCAAUAUCCUGAAUGAAAUCUGGGAGAUAAUGGGCGAGUCCGGGCAAGCUUUGCGAAAUUCGCUGCUCUGGCUGAUCGAGACUAUCAAGAACGCCUACAAUAAAGUGUCCGAGAUUACGACCGCUGUGCUGAGAGGCGACUCGUUGUCGCAGGUAGCGAAUAUAAUUGAGAAAUUGGUUGAGAAGUACGACAUAUUUAUCAAGGACCUGCACGUGUCCUUCAUCAAGUACAUCGAGAAUCUCUGGAGCACGAUUUUCUCGUCUAUCUCAGAGCAAUGGUAUCGCUUCCUCAAGUUAAUGGAACCUCUGUUCAUCCGCUUCUUACACUACGUCGAGACGGCCGUGUGGAAGGCGAGCAAGGAGAUGCUGGAUUUCUUGUACGAUCGUAAGAAAGAGAUCAUCACGUCGCCGUACUUCGAUCGCUUCACUAAUUUCACCCAUGACAUCGACAAGGUUUACCGCGACAUCAAGGCGAAUGAUAUAGUAACCAACAUGCACAAAUACUCGGGUCUGGUGAUACAAUUCAUGAAGGAGCGUUACUUCACCUUCGUACCGUUCGGCAAGGAGCUCAAGGACGUCGUGGACGAGAUCGUGUUGGAGCUGAAGGAGCUCAGGAAGCUGCCGUCGGUCAACUACGCCACGGAGAAGCUCGAGCAGUUGUACGACAGAAUCAACUACCUCUGCGAGUACUUUGAAGUCAAGCUCAAGGUAGAGGGUCUUAUCAGAUUGGUGCACUCCAAGAUGAUGGACAUCAGUCAGACGGCGCUGCAAGCCGAGAGCCGCUACAGAGAAGCCAAGACCAUGUUCAUCUUCGAUCCUAACGAGGGUUUGAUGUGCCUGGAGCAGAAGCUACCCAUGUCCUGGCACGCUUUCAAUCAGACGCCCGAAUUCCACGAGAUACCAGAGAUCAGAGCGGUCGCGGACGUCAGGACGUACUUUGUCACCUCAAACACUACCUUCUGGAGCCUUUAUUACCAAUACAAGCCAUACUCGGAGCUGUCAAACUGGUUACCGCCAUUCAAAGCGCAAGCCAUGGUUAUCGGCUCCCAGCAUUACAUCACUUUCGACGGACGUUACUUUGACUUCGCCGGAACUUGCACCUAUCUGCUGGCGAAGGAUUUCGUGCACAACACUUUCGCAGUUUUGGCGAAAUACGAUCGACAAGCCGAGGAAGUUACCCACAAGAUCAUAGUGCUAAUCGGAAGCAACGCUAUCGAGCUGGACCUCUUCAACGAUACAAUGAAGCUGAUCUCCCAGAAAUCAGCGGACAUCACGAGCAACCUGCAGCUGCCGAUUGAGUUGGACAACAGCACGUACGUUUACCAAGUGGAGAACGUGGUGAUGGUAGAGCGCAAACACGACCAAUUCCGACUGGAGUGCAAUCUCAAGUUCAACCUGUGCACUUUGGAGCUAUCGGGCUGGUAUUACGGGAAGACGGCUGGCCUCCUCGGUACGAUGAGCAACGAGCAGUUCGACGAUAUUCUGGCACCGAACAAGUUAUUCCUAAAGGAUACCGGCAGUCUCGCCAACAGCUGGUCUAUCGACGAGAACUGCGCCGACACGGAGAAUCAUGCCAGUAGGAUUCAACAGCAGGACAAUGUGGUAGCCACGUUCUGCGUCGAGCUGUUCGUCAACAAGAGCUCGGAGUUCGCCGUCUGCUUCGGCGUGGUCGACCCAACCGAGUUCGUUGACAUGUGCCUGAACAGUCCCACCGAGACCGAGGUGUGCACGGUGGCGGUGUCGUACAUGCAGAUGUGCAUGUUCCGCGACACUUAUAUGCGAAUACCCGAUCGGUGUACCACGUGCACCAUGAUGGACGGCAGCCAGGUGGCCGAGGGUCGUUUCAAGCGACUGGAGGGUGACAAGGUGCCGCGAUCGGCCGACGUGGUAUUCAUCGUCGAGGCGAAGAGCUGCAAUCGCGACAUAAAGACGAACAGCAGCAUGGAGCUAUUGAUCACGCAGCUCGGUAAGGAAAUGAACGACCAAGGUCUCACGGGCAUCCGAUGGUCCCUGGUGGUGUUCGGUGGUGACGGGGUACACGACAGACCCAGAAGCAUCAUCCUCGAUGGGCAGAUCUUCACGAAGAACGUGGCGCGCUUUGUCGAUUACUUCGACUACGUGCCGAUCGGCGGCGGCAGCCAGGACAUCUUCGCCGCGAUUGGCUUCGCCUCGCGGCUGGUCUUCAGGGCCGGCGUGUCCAAGAACUUCAUACUGAUGCCGUGCUCGCAUUGCGAACCGGAAUACCAAACGCUGGAGUACUCCGUGUUGCAUCAAGUUCUGCUGGAGCACGACAUCACUCUGCACAUAUUGUUGGACGGCGACUUCCAGUUCGAGAAGGAGAAGCUCGGCAAGAUGUUCUACGGCUUGGACGCGACCAAGUCGUACACGAAGAAAGAUUCCCGCGUCUUGACCGGCGACGUGGAUCUAAGGCGGCAGGUCAAGCUCUCCAAGAACGUGCUGGGCUACUGCACGCCCCUGUCCCUGGAGACGAACGGCACGAUAUUCAGCGGGGACAAGCUGCGUCUCGAGAAGUCGGCCUCGAUCAAGAAGUUCGCGAGCGUCUUCUCGAAGAGGAUCGCCCUCACGGCCGAGCCGAACAAGUGUCAGUUCUGCGAGUGCACCGCUGAUAAUAACGGCGUCACGCAGAUGGAAUGCAUGCCGUGUAUAUACCCGACACCCGUGCACGUGGAUUACGUGAGCGAAAUGUUUAAUUUCAACGAGUCGCUGUCGAUGAUGCCGCCGUUGGAGGAUGUGGAUUAUGGCCAAAUCGAUAUAGAGAACGACUGAAAUAUAAUUAAGGAAAUGCCGCAGCGCGCGCUAGAUAAUACUAGAUGCUAGAAAACUCGCUGGUAUUAGCCGUAUUUAUUUAUAAUAUACCUUUUAAUAUAGGCAAUAUAUACCUACCUCCCUUUCAAUCCAAGACAAUCCCAAGAUUUGUCUUGCAAUAAAUUGAGACAUCUGGUUCGUAAUGUUCGCAUUUAAGAAUAUCUAUUGAAAGUGUAUAAAAAAAUAUCAAUUUACA